GAGAGUCGGAAGCGCGGCGAGGCCGGGCGAGGCAAGGCGGCGGCGGCGGAGGGCCAUGCAGGACGCGGAGAACGUGGCGGCGCCCGACGCGGCCGACCCUCGGGCCGGGCCCGCGCAGCAGCACUCGGCCGCCGAGCUGCCGCCGGGGGGAGAGCCGGCGCGGCCUGGCGCGCAGGAGGCGGCGGGUGGCGCGGACGCGGAGGCGGAGGCCGAGGCCGAGGCCGGGCUGCGGCCUGAGAGUCCGGGGCCUGAGGUGCCGGCCGAGCCCGCGGCCGACGGGGAGGAGAGGGCCGGCGCGACCCCCGGCGCGUCCCCGCCGCCCGAGGAGCUCCCCUCCUCGGCCGCCGAUGAGGCCCCGGCGGAGCGGGCGCGGGACGCGGCGGCCGAAGCCGGUUCCGAGGGGGCGGGCGGGGAGCCGGGCGGCGCGGCAGAGAACGGCGACGCGGACGAGCCCUCCUUCAGCGACGCCGAGGACUUCGUGGACGACGUGAGCGAGGAAGAAUUACUGGGAGAUGUUCUCAAAGAUCGGCCACAGGAAGCAGAUGGAAUCGACUCGGUGAUUGUGGUUGACAACGUUCCUCAGGUGGGACCUGACCGUCUGGAGAAGCUCAAGAACGUCAUCCAUAAGAUCUUUUCCAAGUUUGGGAAAAUCACAAAUGAUUUUUAUCCAGAGGAGGACGGAAGGACAAAAGGGUAUAUCUUUCUGGAAUAUGCAUCCCCUGCCCACGCGUUGGACGCUGUGAAAAAUGCCGACGGCUACAAGCUCGACAAGCAGCACACGUUCAGAGUCAACCUCUUCACCGAUUUUGACAAGUACAUGACCAUCAGUGAUGAAUGGGACAUUCCAGAGAAACAGCCUUUCAAAGACCUGGGAAACUUACGUUAUUGGCUUGAAGAGGCAGAAUGCAGAGAUCAGUACAGUGUGAUUUUUGAGAGUGGAGACCGCACUUCCAUAUUCUGGAAUGACGUGAAGGAUCCAGUCUCCAUUGAAGAGAGGGCGAGAUGGACAGAGACGUAUGUGCGUUGGUCUCCUAAGGGCACCUACCUGGCGACCUUCCAUCAGCGAGGCAUUGCUCUUUGGGGGGGAGAGAAAUUCAAGCAAAUCCAGAGAUUCAGCCACCAAGGGGUUCAGCUUAUUGAUUUCUCACCUUGUGAAAGGUACCUGGUGACCUUCAGCCCCCUGAUGGACACUCAGGACGACCCUCAGGCCAUCAUCAUCUGGGACAUCCUCACCGGGCAGAAGAAGAGAGGGUUUCACUGUGAAAGCUCAGCCCACUGGCCUAUCUUUAAGUGGAGCCACGAUGGUAAAUUCUUCGCUAGAAUGACGCUCGAUACUCUGAGUAUCUACGAAACUCCUUCUAUGGGUCUUUUGGACAAGAAGAGCUUGAAGAUCUCUGGCAUAAAAGACUUUUCUUGGUCUCCCGGUGGGAACAUAAUAGCCUUUUGGGUGCCUGAAGAUAAAGAUAUUCCAGCCAGAGUAACCCUGAUGCAGCUUCCUAGCAGACAAGAGAUCAGAGUUAGGAAUCUAUUUAAUGUUGUGGAUUGCAAGCUACAUUGGCAGAAAAACGGAGAUUACUUGUGCGUUAAAGUAGAUAGGACUCCAAAAGGUACCCAGGGUGUUGUCACAAAUUUUGAAAUUUUCCGAAUGAGAGAAAAACAGGUGCCUGUCGAUGUGGUGGAAAUGAAAGAAACCAUCAUAGCCUUCGCCUGGGAGCCCAACGGGAGUAAGUUUGCGGUGCUGCACGGGGAGGCUCCUCGGAUAUCGGUUUCCUUCUACCACGUGAAGAACAACGGGAAGAUUGAGCUCAUCAAGAUGUUUGAUAAGCAGCAGGCCAACACCAUCUUCUGGAGCCCCCAAGGACAGUUCGUUGUGCUGGCUGGGCUGCGGAGCAUGAACGGCGCCUUGGCGUUUGUCGACACGUCAGACUGUACGGUCAUGAACAUCGCGGAGCACUACAUGGCCUCUGACGUGGAGUGGGAUCCGACUGGGCGCUACGUCAUCACCUCCGUGUCCUGGUGGAGCCACAAGGUGGACAAUGCCUAUUGGCUGUGGACUUUCCAAGGCCGCCUUCUGCAGAAGAAUAGCAAGGACCGCUUCUGCCAGCUGCUGUGGAGGCCUCGGCCCCCCACCCUUCUGAGCCAGGAUCAGAUCAAGCAAAUUAAAAAGGAUCUGAAGAAAUACUCCAAGAUCUUUGAACAGAAGGAUCGUUUGAGCCAGUCCAAAGCCUCAAAGGAAUUAGUGGAAAGAAGACGAACAAUGAUGGAAGAUUUCAGAAAAUACCGGAAAAUGGCUCAAGAACUCUAUAUGGAGCAGAAAAACGCACGGCUAGAAUUGCGAGGAGGCGUGGACACUGACGAGCUGGACAGCAACGUGGACGACUGGGAGGAGGAGACCAUUGAGUUUUUUGUCACCGAAGAAAUUAUUCCUCUUGGAAACCAGGAGUGACCCGAGAGCACUGUGUUCACCUGAUGAGGAAACGCUUCAGCCUCUUCCUCCGAGUACACAGGUUUGAAGACACGUACGUUGAGUUGUCACUUCAGCGCUGCCCCGUGGAGGAGGGAGUGAGCACGUCCACGUGACUCAGCCUGCUUCACUUGCAGCGUCCCGCGUCCCCCUGUGCCUUUUGACACGCCAGUUUUUUUCUUCCACCUCUUUUUCUCUCCUGGAGCCUGAAAUUUAGUUUAAAAAGCAGUGAGGCACGGAACAGGCACACUUGGAAUUCACAGCCGUGCCCUGUACAGUGUACACACCUAAGACGGCCUCGUGGGGUUGGAGGAUGAGCUGUCACUUGUGGGGCAGGAGACAGGCAGGUGUCUGCCCCGCAGCUCUGCCAGCGGGUGUGAAGUGGCCCUCGACCUGCAGGAUCCUUGGGGACCAUGCUUGCACGCUGCCUGCCUGCCCGCCCGCCGCCGGGCCUCUCCUGCACAAGCCAGGCGCCCGGUGCCUGUCCUUUCCCGGGAGCCUGUGCUUUCUCUGCGGCUCUCACCCCACCUGCAGCAUCUCCUCAGGCUUCCUCGGAGUCACAGUGAUUCUCGUUCCCUCUCGUGCUCUUUAAGCGUCACUGUGUGGAGACCUAGUUUCUCAAAUUUCAUGGCAGUAAGAAGGAAAAGGCACACGGUUCUACCAUAUUAACAGAGCUUUAACAGAGCUUUUAAAAGAUUUAACUUUCCACUGUUUUAAACUGGCUAGUUGUAACUUUUACAUAGUUUGUGAAUAAAAGAAUUUCU